AUGGACGAAGACGAGGAAACACUCUGCAGAUAUGGAACAGCACUACCAGCUUUUGAAGAAGAUGCGGUACCGUCAAAAAAGCCCAUCACUGUGGAGGAUCAAAUCGUGCUGGAUAGCAAUGGUAAGCGACGUUUUCAUGGAGCAUUUACCGGAGGCUUUUCUGCUGGAUAUUGGAAUACCGUUGGCUCAGAAGAAGGAUGGAAACCGACGGAGUUCAAAAGCUCUCGAACGGAGAAAUCCUCGAUUGCUCGGCAGCAAAAUCCGAUGGAUUUUAUGGAUGAAGAAGACUUGGGCGAGUUUGGAAUUGCGCCGCAGCGUGUACAGGCUAAGGAAGACUUUGCCCACAACAGUGCCAGUGUUCGAUCGCACAAGCGAAGGCUUGAUUUGAGUUUUUCGAAAGGUCCGAUACCGGGUCAGCCAGUGCUGCGAGCCCUGCUCGAACCGGCAAAGGAAAAGACGGCGGUAAAAAUUCUUAAGAAAAUGGGCUGGCGUGAGGGCCAAGGAAUCGGCGAACGACAAACAAAACGAGAGAAAAAACGAACCAACGAGCGAACCAGCAAGGAGCAGUAUAUUAUGAAAAUGUAUGGCUGCGAGAUACCGGGUCGAUCGGGACACAUUAACGAGGGAGAAAACGAUAGAGACAAUGGUAGCAGUGAUAGUUCCGAUAGCGAUUACGAGAUAACAUUCGCACCGGAUGAUUUCGAUCCGUUGGUAGCUGCUCUGAAGGAUAACACAUUCGGCCUGGGUUACAGUGGGCUGGACCGAGGCGAAUCGUCCAAAGCUUUUCGGUUGUUCGACACCCUCGAGGUGGUCGAUCGGAACAACAAAAAGCUUUCCAUCCGCGGACAAGCUUUCGGUAUAGGAGCGCUAGAAGACGAUGACGACCUGGAUGUGUACGCACGUGACGACAUGGCGCGAUAUGAUUUUUCCCUUGAAGAUAAAGCUAAACCGAAACGUGCGAUCGAAGGAAAGAAAACUGGCAACGAAACAAACGCACUGGAGAAUUUCUGUCCUGCCAGCAACGCUCGUAAGCUAGCUAAAAAAGUAUUUCGAGUGGACUUGCCCGAUGGUUUUAGACCAAGAAAUUGGGAAGAACGCAGAUCCCGCUUUAAUCCUAUCGAUGAGGAACGUGCCAAAAAAAUACAGCAGGAAAAUGAACAUAAAAUCAAAGGUCUCGGAAGACACGAUCUUGACCCUAAGGAACGAGGCGUAAUUUUAGGCGAAAAAGCACUUAGCAGCAAUCCGUUGUUGGAAAUGAUUAACAAACGUAGUACAAAUUUUGUACGUCGAGAAAUUAUGAAUGAAGAGACACCAUCAUCGUCUGGAGAGAUAAAACGUAAUGAUGGCGAAGGAAUGACGGGUGGAAACGAUACAAAGGAACCGGCUGGUUCAUUGAUACCGUCUGGAUUAGUGCACCAACCUAGUGCGCUGCAGCGUCAGUAUAUCGGUUCUACAAAGGAAGGUUUCAAACCAUUCAUUGCGAUGCCCGAAAAACAGGAACGAUAUGAACGGUUUCUUGCUUUCCAACCUACCGACCGUUACCUAACCCGGGAGCAGUAUCUAGAAUCGUUGCAACCACUAAACAUGUCAGCUUGGGAUCGAGCACGAGAAUGGAAGGAGUUCAUGCAGGCCGAACGCAUGUAUCGCCCUUUGGAUGGACUGAUGUCUGAGCGGUUCGUUACGGCUUCGAGCUUGAUCGCGGAUAAAACCAUUCCUGUCGAUGGGGAUGAAGGAAAGGUGCGUGAAAUUCGUAUGCACCGUACACGCGUAAUGUGGAAACCACACAAAGACAUCUGCAAACGGUUCAAUGUUCCAGAACCGUUCGGCGGGAUGAUGGCAGAUGAGACAGAUGAUGUACAGAAAAAGCGAAAGGAAAAGGGAAAAUUUUCCGUAUUCGAUUAUCUGGAGGCUCCCGUUACUAAUAGGCGUGAUUUUGUAACGCCAACCAUUAUACCGGACGUUUCACAGCCAGAUGAAGUGAAGCGAUCUCUCGUCAAGGAUCAAACCAGCGAAACGAAACCGGGAACGAGUGUUAGAAUUUCCUCGAAAGAUUUUUUCUCAAUCGAAAGUUCCUCGCACCCACCAUCGAAUGCCAACAAAGAGCAAACUAAGGAGGUAUCUUCGGAAUUGCUAACUGUUCAACCUCCUCGUACUGUAGUACCGCCAAAAAAGACGGAAAAGAAACAAACGACGGAGCUUGAGGCAAAAGUUCUGGAAGCAACGAAUAAAAAACCUGAAGAAAAACGCGAUCUGUUCAAAUCCAUCUUUUGUAGCAGCGACGAAGAAGAGGACGACCAUAAGGAGGAUGAUGGUGGUAGCAAACCACCUGCCACCAGACCGAUUGGGACGUUAACCGACGAGGAAAAGCUUAAAAUGGUCGACAGCUUUGUGGCGAUAAAGCCCGCCAGUCAGCUUAACAUUUUGCGCAACAAUUCACCUCCGAGGGGAAUUUUUAAAACUUUGUUCGAAUUCAAAAAGCCACAAAAUGGGAAUGAAGAUACUCCCAAGCGGGAUAGCCCUUUGGAGUGCUCAUCCCGAUCAGAGAUGCCGAACAAUCCUGUAGGAGACGCAACAACGGUGCUUAGUGAUUCUUCAAGUGAUUCAGAACCGGACAGUGCAUCCGAUUCGGAUGAAUCGGAAUAUUACGGCCCUAAGUUACCUUCACAGAAAGGUGCAGGAAAUCCAUCGAGUGAAGGUGUUGCGACAGCAGGCCCACAACAGAUUGUAGGUGUUCAGAAAAAAUCGGAAAGGUACAAAGAAAUUUGGAUCGAGAAGGACACGUCCGCGGGUAAGGCAAAGAAAAAGCGAAAACACAAACAUCAUCAUCACAAAAGCAAAGUGAAAGCUAAAAGUAAAAAGGACAAAAAAAAGAGCAGUCAUAAGCAUAAGAGUAAACAUUGA